CUCCCUGCCCCUUGUGACAUCACUGCAUGCCCCCUGUCUGGGGAAGGAAGCCUACAGAGGUGUCAACCCUAAUAUCUACCCCUAUUUGAUGUUUCUGGGGUAAACACCACGUUUGUAUUACGCGGGAACCGAUUGUGCAGCAUCUUGUUUCUAGUCGAGUCUCUUUGCAUGGCGCACAGAGUGGAGGAGCUCAGUCUCGGUUGCCUUGGUGACAAACGCUAUUUCCGACUGUAAAGACAGACUUGGUGAGAUGGCGGAGGAGCAGCAAGAAGUGGUCCCUCAGGAAUCUGGUUUGAGAAAAUCCCGUGUCCAGAAAGUACCGGAGCUUCCCAUCCUGGAGAGACGCAACUGGCUGAUCCAUUUACACUAUGUCAGGAAGGAUUAUGAGUCAUGUAAGGCAGUGAUUAAAGAGCAGCUGCAGGCCACUCAGGGAGUAUGUGAAUAUGCAGUUUAUGUGCAAGCAUUAAUCCUCAGACUGGAAGGAAAAAUUCAAGAGUCCCUUGAGCUCUUCCAGACAUGCGCAGUCCUGAAUCCCACCAGCUCUGAUAACCUGAAACAAGUUGCUCGAUCUCUGUUUUUAUUGGGAAAGCAUAAAGCAGCUGUUGAGGUUUACAACGAGGCAGCAAGACUUAAUCAAAAGGAUUGGGAGAUAUGUCACAAUCUCGGUGUCUGCUACCUUUUUCUCAAAGAUCUGAGCAAGAGUAAGGAGCAACUGACUCUGGCUCUGCAGCUGCACAGACAGGAUCUCAGUGCUAUCACUCUUGGAAAGAUACAGCUUCAAGAGGGAGACAUAGAUGGUGCUAUUCAAACAUUCACGCAGGCGCUGCAGCUUUCUCCAGAAAACACUGAGCUAUUAACAACACUGGGAUUGCUGUACCUGCAGAAUGGGUUGUUCCAGAAAGCUUUUGAAUACCUUGGGAAUGCUCUCACAUAUGACCCUAGUAAUUAUAAGGGUAUAUUAGCAGCAGGCUGUAUGAUGCAGUCCCAUGGAGAUUAUGAUGUAGCCCUCAGCAAGUACAGAGUUGCAGCCUCCAGUGUCCCUGAAAGCUCCCCUUUGUGGAAUAACAUUGGCAUGUGUUUUUAUGGGAAAAAGAAGUAUGUGGCGGCCAUUAGUUGUCUUAAGCGUGCACUUUACCUGUCCCCAUUUGACUGGAGAGUUCUGUAUAACUUGGGCCUAGUCCAUCUCAGCAUGCAGCAGUAUGCCUCCGCAUUCCACUUCCUAAGUGCAGCCAUCUCUCUUCACCAUGGUAAUGCUGGCCUUUACAUGUUGCUGGCAGUGGCACUCACAUAUCUGGAUGAUAUUGAAAAUGCCAAGAGCUCAUAUCAGCAGGCAGCAAGUCUGGAUCAGACAGAUCCUUUGGUGAAUCUGAAUUUUGCAGUUCUGCUAUAUAACCAAGGAGACAAGAAAGGAGCUUUGGGUCAAUACCAGGAGCUUGAGCGCAAAGUCAGUGCUCUCAGGGAGACUUCCACAGAGUUUGACCCUGAGAUGGUGGAUAUGGCUCAGAAAUUGGGCGCUGCUCUGCAGGUUGGGGAGAGCCUAGUAUGGACUAGACAGACCAAAGACCCAAAAGGGAAACAGAGAGGAGCAGGAAAAGGUCCUGGGGCUGAGCAGGCUCCAUUGGGGUCCAAUCAGGCCCUGGGAAGAGCAAUGUCAUCAGCAGCUGGAUAUAGCAAGGCCAGUGGCCUAUCUUCAGGGAUCACCAUCAGUACAGUCUCCAAACAUCCCUCUCUGCCGCUUGAGCCAGAAGACCCAUCACUUACCAGUUCUACUGCUCCAGACUACAGGAGAGGUCACAGCUAGCUACCCGUCCUACACAUAAUGCCAAGACUGACCUUGGGAUGUUAGAUCUGACGGGCUCUGUAGAGACAGCUUUCCGUUAGUCUGUGUAAGAUUCUGUACACCUACAUUCACAUACGGAAUUAGUGAGAGAUGUCCAGUGAAAAACUGUAGGCACUUUUAGAGGAAUACAAAUGCUAUUCUAAGGGGAAUUGCCGCUAAGUCUGAAGUGAAUUAUUUGCUAAAAGAGUUAAUAGCUGCUCAAGGAGAACACACAAAUAUUUAUUUAAACGUUUAAUUACCAAUAUGAAGGAACAUGUGCAGUGUUACAGUGAAUACACAGCUACCUUUUGAAAAGAUGAUGUGGUAUUAGAAGAGUUCAGUAAUACUGCCCUGCCAGAGCAGUGAUAAUGAACUGAAUUGUGGCCCCUCACUGUCAUUUCAGAGGGCCCUCUACGCAUUUUAAUUACAAGCACUGUCACUAAAACAGCCAUGUGAAUUUAUCUAUUUAGGUCUUGUUAAUAGCACACUGGUCCCAAACUAAAGCAAUCUGAAGCUUCAAUUUGUGUGGAAAUUUAAGAUGAAUGUAUUAUUUAUUUUAAUCAGUAACUUUCUGGAUUAAGGAAUAAAUUCCAAUUUCCUAUUCACUGGAGUUAACAUGUUUAUUUAGUGCUAAAAAGCUGCUAAAAAUCCUUUGUGUGGUGGCCAUUAAAUCUGGAUUGGACUCUG